UUCAUCUGGACGACUUCUUCUUGCAGUGCCCAGCUCAGACUGUUCUCCCUGCUUGCUUCACAGGGCCAGAAAAUUUCUCAAGGGCAGCCCUGAGCUGAGUUCUCAGCUCUGAGCCCAUCCCCUGCAUGGUAUCUCUCCUCACUUCAACUCCAGUGAGUGCUGCAGCUCAAGAGUUGAUCCCAGAAGACCAGGUCUCAGAAUAUGGGAGAAUCUGAGGAGCACAGAACACUAGGCAACACAGCACAUUUUGGGAGCUCUUCCAAGACUACACCAGCCAGUCCAAAGAGAACAAGUGACAAAGUCUCAGUGGCUCAGAAUGAGGAGCAGCCGGACUGGGCUCUGGGCCUCUGUUCCUUGGAGAAGACGAACAUCAGUCUGUGCACCAGUGACAAGGAAGUACCAUACCUGACAGCAGGCCAUGAUUUCUCAUUCCACAGCUCCCCAAGUAUACCCAACAUGGCAUCCCCCAGCUGGCCAACCUCCACAGCAGUGCUGAGGUUCUUGGGUCCUGACUCCUUGGAGAACCCUCUGGACUCUCUGGAGAGAAGAAUUUUCACAGGGCUGCCUGACAUGUCUGGACACCGCCUGAGAGAAAACCAUCCUUCACUCUGCUACCAAGCACUUCCAAGUUCUCCAGACCAUACGUCUCCAAGUCAGGCAUCACCCAAUCCUCCUCUAGCUACAGCGGUGCUGGGGAGCUGGAAACCUCCGCUUCACACUGACCCAGAGCCAAGCAAUCGUGUACUUGGGACCGAGUACACGAUGGAUAAAACCACCAGAAAUUAUUGCACAGAAACUGAAAAAAGAUACCAGGACCAGAAGACAGAAAAGUCAUGGAAAAAUGAAGUUCUGUGCCAAAAAUUCACGCAGCUAUUACUUUUACAAAAAUGUCACCUCAGAGUCCCAGAGCUCGUGGUCAGAGAAAGCUGUCAUCAUGACACAGUACAAGAGCAAGGACAUUUGAUUGAGAUCCAAGGCUUAUUUGGGCUAGGCCCAGGUGCCCAGGAAGAACCUCACAUAGUCAUACUCUAUGGGGCUGCUGGUAUUGGGAAAUCAACACUGGCCAGACAGGUGAAGGUAGCUUGGGAGCAAGGCCAGCUCUAUAGGGACCACUUCCAACACGUCUUCUACUUCAGCUGCAGAGAGCUGGCCAGGUGUAAGGUAAUGAGUGUGGCUGAGCUCAUUGAAAAAGACUGGAGUGACUCUGCAGCUAACAUUGGGCAGAUCCUGUCUCGGCCAGAGCAUCUCCUCUUCAUCUUGGAUGGUGUGGAUGAGCCAGAAUGGGUGCUAGAGGAUCUAAAUUCUGAGCUCUGCUGGCAUUGGAGCCAGCCACUGCCAGUGCCUGCACUGCUGGGCAGUUUGCUGAGGAAAACCAUACUUUCUGGGGCUUCCUUUCUGAUUACAACUCGGACCACAGCUCUAGAGAAGUUCAUCCCUUCUUUGAAGGAGCCACAUUGGGUAGAAGUCCUUGGCUUCUCUGAGAGUAGAAGAAAGGAAUAUUUUUACAAAUAUUUCACAGAUGAAAGGCAAGCAAUUAGAGCCUUUAGCUUGGUGGACUCAAACUCAGCCCUCUUGACCCUGUGUCUUGUGCCCUGGGUCUGCCGGCUGGUCUGCACCUGUCUGAAGCAGCAGAUGGAGCAGGGGGAUGAACACCCACUGACCUCUCAGACCACCACAGCCCUCUGCCUGCACUACCUUUCCCAGGUUCUCUUGACCCAGGACCUGAGGAUACCACUCAAGAGCCUCUGCUCUCUAGCUGCUGAGGGCAUCUGGCAAAGAAAGACCCUGUUCAGUGCAGGUGACCUCUGGAUGCACGGGUUAGAAAGCAAUGUCAUCAUCACCUUCUUGAAGAUGGAUGUUCUUCAAGAGCACCCCAGCACUCUGAGCUACAGCUUCACUCACCGGUGCUUCCAGGAGUUCUUUGCAGCAGUGUCCUGUGUCUUAGGGGAUGAGGAGCAGAAAAGUGAGCAUCCUAGCAUCCCCAGAGUCAUGGAAAAAUUACGGAAAGUAUAUAGAAGCCAUAACCUGUUUGGGGCACCAACCAUGUACUUCCUGUUUGGCCUUUUAAGUGAGCAGGGGGCCAGAGGAUUGGAGAGCAUCUUCACCUGCAGGCUGCCUGCAGAGCAGAGAUGGGAGCUGCUGCAAUGGGUCCAAGAGGAAGCCCUACCAUGGCACCCAUACUCUCCGGACAUGCUCCACUGUUUUUAUGAGAUUCAGGAUAAGGAGAUCCUCACACAGGCCAUGGCCCAUUUCCAAGGAACAAGGAUGUGUGUCCUGACAGACCUGGAGCUCCUGGUGUUCACUUUCUGUGUUAAAUUCUGUAGCCAUGUGAAGAGGCUUCAACUAAAUGAAAGUGAGCUACAGGAUCUGGGGUGGAGGCCUCCCAGGGUAGUUCUGUCCACGUGGAAACCACUAACAAAUGGUAGUUGGAAGGUCCUCUUCUCCAGCCUCAGGGACACCGGAAGCCUGAAGGAGCUGGACCUGAGUGGAAAUUCACUGAGUCUCUCUGCCAUGCAGAAUCUUUGUGAGUCCCUGAAACACCCUCACUGCCACCUAGAGACCCUGCGGUUGGUCAGCUGUGGUCUCACAGCCAGCUACUGCCAGGACCUGGUCUCCGUGCUCAGUGCCAGCUGCAGCCUGACUGAGCUGGACCUGCAACAGAAUGACCUGGGCAACAAUGGUGUGCAGUUGCUCUGUCAGGGGCUCAGGCUCCCCACCUGCCAACUCACACUCCUGUGGCUGGACCACACUCUUCUGAGUGAGGAGGUGAAGGAGGAGCUGAGGGUCCUGAAAGAAGAGAAACCUCAGCUGCUCAUCUGCAGCAGAUGGAAGCCACGUGUGAUGAUCCCUUCUGAGGGCAGGGAUGGAGGAAAGAUGGGUAAUAGCACAUCCUCACUCAAGCGGCAGAGACCACAGUCAGAGGGAGGCUCCCCAGAGUCACCCCAGAUGGCACCCUUCCUUCUACCCUCUCCUUCUCCUCUGGGAGAUCAGCACAUGAAGCCUCUCAGGACUGAAGAUGACUUCCAUGGACCAACAGGGCCUGUGCCUAUUGAGGUUACUGACAAAGAAAGGAACCAGUACCGAGUUCACUUCCCUAAGGCUGGCUCCUACCACUGGCCCAACACAGGUCUUGACCUUGCAGUGAGAAAGGCAGUGACCAUCGAGAUCAAAUUCUGUGCCUGGGACCAGUUUCUAGGCAUCAGUGACCUGCAGCAUACUUGGAUGGUGGCAGGACCUCUCUUUGACAUCAAGGCUGAACAGGGAGCUGUGGCUGCUGUGCACCUCCCUCACUUUGUGGCCAUCCAAGAGGGGGUUGUGGACAUCUCCUUGUUCCAAGUGGCCCACUUUAAAGAAGAGGGGAUGCUCCUAGAGAAGCCAACCAGGGUGGAGUCACAUUACAUCAUCCUGGAAAACCCCAGCUUCUCCCCAAUGGGAGUUCUCCUGAGAAUGAUCCCUGCUGCCCGGCGCUUCAUCCCCAUCACUACCACCACAUUGCUCUACCAUCAUCUUCAUCUUGAGGAAGUAACCUUCCACCUCUACUUGAUUCCAAGUGACUGCACCAUUCGGAAGGCCAUAGAUGAUGAAGAAAAGAAGUUCAAGUUUGUGCAGAUACAUAAGCCACCCCCGAUGGACCCCCUUUACAUAGGUACCCGCUAUAACGUGUCUGGUUCAAAGAAGCUGGAAAUCAUCCCAAAGGAACUGGAGCUCUGUUAUCGGAGCCCCACAGAACCCCAGCUCUUCUCUGAGAUCUACGUUGCCAACUUUGGGUCAAAGAUCCAGCUGCAAAUAAGAAACAAGAAAGAUGAAAUACUAGUAUGGGAGGCCUUGUUGAAACCAGGAGACCUCAGACCUGCAGUGGUCCAUCCAGUUUCCCCAGGUUCACAUUCACCUUCGAAUGCCCUGGCAUUGCUGCACUUCAUUGACCAGCAUCGGGAGCAGCUGGUAGCCCGAGUGACAUCAGUGGACCCUGUGUUGGACAAGCUGUAUGGAAAGGUGCUGAAUGAAGAGCAGUAUGAGAGCGUCCGGGCUGAGGCCACGAAGCCAGGCCAGAUGAGAAAAUUGUUUGGCUUCAGCCAGUCCUGGGACCGGGCCUGUAAAGACAAAGUCUACCAAGCCCUGAAGGAGUUCCAUCCUCACCUGGUCAUGGAACUCUGGGAAAAGUGGGGUGGAGGCACAGGGGGACUGUGAUAGCUCAGCAGCUGAGGUCUAAGUUAGAAAAGAGGCCUCUCUGGGCAUUGUAUGUUCCUGUCCAGGGACACCUCAGAGGCACCCUUACUAUGAGGCUUUCUCCCUUGGCUUUCAUGGGACAGUUGUCCAGCAGGGGUAAGAGCAUCUGGAGAAAUGUUUAUCUGGUGCUAGCAGAGAAAUAUCAGAUCACUUCUCUUCCACUAACUCCUUUUCCUGUUGUACAGUGACCUACACACUUUGCAGAGCCUGCUCUGCUGCCCAAGGCACCAAGCCAGAACUCUCCCUGUCCCGUGCAGAUGCAGACAGGAGUAGGAAGGGACAUGGGACUGUUCAUCUCUGCCUGGAGACCAAGUAGAAAAGAUACAUGUCCCUGGAAAUUGUGCUUCAUUUAUGAAUAGGAAGGACAGAGAUUUAUUUAUCAGUUAAUCUGUCCACCUAUCCUAUGACUGGAGUGGACAUAAAAGUGGUGGCAGGGGAAUUCUCACCAGGGAUUGUCCAGACCAUCCCAAACCAUGGGGCUGACUGGGAUUGCAAGGAAUAAAGCACUAAAUAACAGCAUCAUCCACCUAAAGCAUUUAGUAGGGGAACUUACUUAUCAAGGGAAUCAUUGUUUUCCAGAUGGACAGUGAAAAGGGAGAUAUUCUACCCAGGUGUGUCCAAACAAGGGCAUUGAGUCAUGGAAUUUUUCAGAUGGUUUAUGGUAUUUGACUCUAGGCCAGAGUUGGUUUCUACAUAUUCGGCAACAUACUGGGCCUUUCAGUGUCUUGACCUAAACAAUGUUAGAACUGCCUAGGAAUGGACAAGGCCAUUGCUUAGAUUCCAUAAUUCAGAGAUUCAUGUAGCUAGCUGGCCAGGUCACAGAGCAGUUGAGGUUGUCUCUCAGUCAGGACAAAGAAAGAAGAGGCAGAAAUGGUGAGUUGCUCCACUGUCCAUGUUGGACUUGGCUUUUCUCUGGUUCAGAUGUGUACUUUGUUGUUUCUCAAGUCUAGACCAAUUCCUAGGGCAGGAGAGGGAUGGAGACAGAGGUUGAAGGGGGAAUGGAGUCUAGGUCUUAGCUGAGUUGUCUCUUCCUGUGGAAAGUGAGUUUGUGCCCUCCAUCAGGCUUAUUAGCCACUGCCUUGUGCUCUUCCAAAGCUUUGUGUCAUUCUUACCUCAUAAGAGCUCUCAACACUGGCAUCACCCUGCUGCUUCACUGCUGGUCCCCCAGCUAAAUAGCAAGCUCUAGAAACCAUGUCUGACCUGUGCAUCAAUUCCUUCCCAACUCAGUGCCCGACACACCUGGGCCUUAAGUGAAGAUGUAUUAGCUAGAAAACGACAAAGGAACUUUCGCCAGGCACCUCUCUUAAUUCCCACUCUAAGCAUCAUAUUAUCAGCGAUACCAGAGUCAGGGGUACUAAAAAUUCCCAAAUUAGUAGGCCACACCCUUGAUCCCAGUGAAUCAUCUUAGAAUUGAGCUCACUGCUAUUGAACAUUUAUGCAAAUGUUGUCUUCCACUCAUGGGAGCAAAGGGUAACUCAUACUACUCCUGACCAAGAUUCAGAAGCACAAGUUGAUUUUAUGUCCCUCCCCACAAUCACUGCACUUCAGCUACUGUUCUUUACUCUUCCUUUCUACUGCAGUUUCAGUGUAGGGUGAGAUUGGGUGAUGGAGCAAUGAAAAGUCUGAUUAGAGAACCCAUGCAUCUGCCAGAAAGACAGGGUUGAUGAGUAAUCAGAUCUUUGUGAUUGAGACUUCUAGGUUCUGAUUGGGUUUUGGGGUAAGAAGUAAUAGGGCUACAGUAGGCAGACUUGGUAAGAAGUCCCAAGAUACAACUGGGCAUGGUGGUGCACACCCGUAAUCCCAGUACUUGGGAGGUUGAAGCAGGAGAAUCACUGGAAGUUCAAGGCCAGCCUAACCUACAGUGUGAGCUCAAGGCCAGUCUGAACUACUGUCUUAGUUACACUUCCAGUUGCUGAGACGAAAUACCCAAUGCCCAAAAUCAAAGGAGAAAAUAUUUGUUUGGCUCCCAGUUUGUAGAGGUUUCAGU